AGCUUUGUCCUGGUACUGCGCCAUUUUCGCUCUGUUGCCAAAUUUGACUUCAAACACAGUCAAUAGCAAUUGAUGGCAGAGCCUUUCUACUAAUCUUGCUUUUGCUUUUGUGUUCAGCAGAAGCACGAUGAGUAGCCAUCGCUGACUUCAGCUUGUGAGUGACGUCAUGUUUGGCAACACAGCGAGCAGGGGGGUUCGCGCUUGCACCUGCGCAGUAUCAGAACCAGAUGAACUUACGUCGCCGGAAAUGACGCAAUCAAUUUUGAGAAGGUGAAUUGUUACUCCGUAACACAAAGAUGGAAGCAGCUUUCUUAAGGCGGUUUCAGAGUUUCUGCGAGAGCGAUAAACAAUGGAGAGCCAGGGAGGAGUUUCUGUCAAGAAACCUUGAACAUUUCCAGGGAGAAGAUGAAAUGGACAAACUGCUGGCGCUGUCUAUGGUCUGGGCCAAUCACGUGUUUAUGGGCUGCAGAUAUAGUGAAGAACUCUUGGAAAGGGUGCAGAGUAUGGCAGAAGGGAUUGAAGUUGAAGAUGCACCACAGUUUACAACAAGAGAUGAAAUUAUGAAACGGAAUAACUGACAUCUGGAUCGUUUAUCAUGAAUGUUGAUUUAUCAGGACUAUUUGUCACUAUUUUCCACAAGAUAAGCACACUGUUUUUAUUCAACACUGUGAAUA